UUUCCAGAGAAAGCCCACAUAAUAACUGGGCUUUGGCCUUUGAGCUCAUUUCAUUCUCAACUGAAACCUAACCUAGCUACAUAACCAACCCUCUUUAGCGUGUGAGUUUCACGGGACAACGCCGCCGCUCUCAUUCGACGAUCGACAUGCCGUCACACAAGACAUUUAUGAUUAAGAAGAAGCUAGCGAAGAAGAUGAGGCAGAACAGGCCUAUUCCUCACUGGAUUCGCAUGAGGACCGACAACACCAUAAGGUACAAUGCUAAGCGCAGGCAUUGGCGCAGAACCAAGCUUGGAUUCUAAGGUGUUUUUGCAGCUGGGUCAAAUUCAACCAAGAAUGGAAGUUAUUUGUUUUCUAGUUUUAUUAUUAUUUUGAAGUUAAGUGUGACUUUUAUGUUGGCUAUUUGUGGCCUCUUUUUUAGUAAUGCAGCAGAUGAAGUAUUGUUUUACUUAUGGUUUAAUGCAUCACCUGCAACUUGAUCAAA